GUUUCUUAUGAUUUCUUUGCAGUGCAGGGAAAUGGGUUUGUGGACAUUACUUGAGGGGUUCCUGCUUCUUGCAAAUGCACUAGCAAUACUAAAUGAGGACCGAUUUCUGGCACCUAGAGGAUGGGGCUUAUCUGAUUUUUCAAGUGGCAGGACAAAAUCUUUCAAAGGCCAGCUCAUAGGUCUUAUUUACGCAACUCAGUACCUAAGAGUUCCUCUCAUACUUCUCAACUCCAUCUGCAUCAUUUUGAAAUUUGUUUCUGGAUAAUGCCUAGCAUGGUUCGGGUUACCACUAGAUGAUUUCAAGAAGUUGCUCCUGCGUAGAACAAUUAAUUUGACAAAUUCUAUUUUAGAGAGAGCCUCCAUUACAAGUGUUUGUCUUAGUUUGGGAUAUUGGUCAAUUGAUUGUUAUUUAUUGCCCUAAAAUCAUGUUUACCAUUGUGACAUCAAUAGUAAGAAAUGAAAAUCAUUGUGACAUUAGUUGGAUAGGUGUUGAAGAAUCAAUUAUCAUCU